AUGUCGUCAGCGACGGCAGGGACUUCUCGGGGGGUGGACGUGGCAACCUAUCAUAGGCCGCACUUCCCGCCGGAUAGCUCCAGCGAGGAGAGCAGCACUCUCACUGCAGCGAAGACGGACAAAUACCUCGAGUCCCGCCUCUCCCAUAUGGAAUAUGCUGCUGACCCGUCCCUCGCCCGAGGACAAGAACGGGCGAAUGCAGCUGGGAUGCCCAAGAUCUCUGUCAGUCCGAUGCAGGGGCAGUUCCUCAGUGUAUUAGCGAGGGGAAUGAGGGCGGAGAAGAUCCUCGAAAUAGGGACUUUGGCCGGCUACUCGACUACGUUCCUCGCCCGUUCUCUCCCUUCUCAUGGCCGUAUCGACACCCUCGAAUUCUCACCCCUGCACGCCCGUAUAGCCCAAGAGAAUUUUAUCGAUUCCGACCUCUACCCGUUCCCUACCAUCCACAUCGGACCCGCACUGGAUAUCCUCCGAGAUCCGAACGGCGCAUUCGCGAGUCCGCCAGGGACGGAGGAGGGUCUACCGGUCGAUGAAAGAGGGUACGAUCUGUGCUUUAUCGAUGCUGAUAAGGGGGGGUAUUAUGGGUAUUGGUUGGAGUGUCUCAGAUUGACGAGGAAGGGGGGGAUGAUUAUUCUGGAUAAUGCGAUACAGGAUGGGAGGAUCACGCUGGACAAGAAUGUGGAGGGACAGCAUGAUGUGUCGGGGUUGCGGAAGGUGUAUGACUGGGUCAAGGAGGAUGGGGGCAAGACGGUAUUGAUGAGUGGGAUACAGACUGUCGGGGGCAAGCAUUGGGACGGCUUUGCCAUCGCUGUCAAGUUGUAA